AUGUUUGGAAACGUUCUAAUACUUGUUGCUUUGAUUACUGUGGUAAAUACAGAAAAUUUAGAUGUUCGUGUAGUAAAUACGGACCAAGGGCCAGUGAAAGGUUAUAAAUUACCAAAUGAAAAUGUAUAUAGUUUUUUAUCAAUUCCGUAUGCAACUGCACCGACAGGACUUGAUCGAUUUAAGGCGCCUUUACCAGCACCGACAUGGACGGAGCCUUUCGAAGCUGUUGAAGAAACAAUAAUGUGUCCUCAAGGUACAAGACUAACGGAUGGCAGUAAAAACCAGGAACAAUGUCUUGUUGCGAGUGUGUAUGCACCAAAUACUACACUUCAGAACUUACCAGUCCUUGUAUACGUCCACGGAGGUGCGUAUAUAUCGGGCUAUGGGAACUCAUUAACACCGAAAAAUUUAGUGGAAAUUGGGAACAUAGUAGCAGUUACGUUUAACUACCGCCUCGGAGUACACGGCUUCCUCUGCUUAGGUACAGAAGCUGCUCCUGGAAACUCUGGUAUAAAAGAUCAGGUUGCUCUAUUAAAAUGGGUGCAAAAAAAUAUUGCAAACUUUGGAGGAAAUCCUAAAGAUGUGACUAUAGCUGGAUAUAGUGCUGGAUCAUCAUCAGUAGAUUUGUUAAUGAUAUCCAAGUUAGCUCAAGGGCUGUUCAAUAAAGUGAUACCAGAGAGUACUCAAGGGCUGUUCAAUAAAGUGAUACCAGAGAGUAGUGCUAAUGUUCAAGCCUAUAGUGUUCAAAAAAAUCCCAUCGAAAAUGCAAAAUGGUAUGCAAGGCAAUUAAAUUUCAGAAACUUUAACGAUAUGAAGGCUUUAGAAGAAUUUUAUCUUACCACACCUUUGAAUGUACUAUCUUCAGUUGAUGUUAUAAGAAGAUCUGACCAUACUACAAUAUUUUCUCCUUGUAUUGAACGAGAUAUUGGACAAGAAAUUUUUUUAAGUGACAGCCCUGUUAAUAUUCUUUCUAGUGGAAAUUAUACAAAAUACCCAAUGUUAUAUGGCUUCUCGGACAUGGAAGGACUUUAUAGAGUUCCAUAUUUCGACGAAUGGAAAUACAGAAUGAAUGAUAAUUUCGCAGAAUUUUUACCACACGAUCUGCGUUUUGCUAAUGAAGAAGAAAGGCAAGAACAAGCACAACGGAUACGAGAUUAUUAUUUCGAUGAUGAACCUAUAGGCAACAAUAAUAUUUUGAGAUACAUCGAUUAUUUAUCGGAUUGUAUGUUCGCAUAUCCAUUGUUAAGGGCUGCUAAACUGCAUGCGUUAGCUGGGAAUAAUCGUGUCUAUCUAUAUGAGUAUUCCUUCGUAGAUGAUGAUACAGAAUAUAUACCUCAUACGAAUCAACGUGGGGCCACACACUGCGCACAAACGAGAGCAGUUUUAGAUUUGCCGGAUGAAAAUAUUAUAUCCAAGGAGUUUAGAGAAAUGAAGAGGCGGAUUCGUGAAAUAUGGUUGAAUUUUAUAAAAUAUGGAGAACCUGUACCAAAAGAAUCAUCUCUACCAGCCUGGCCACCGAUAACCGCAGAUAAUUUAUCAUACAUGUCCCUAAAUACAACAAUGGAAUACAAAGACAGGCUCUUGUAUGAAAGAGCGCAAUUCUGGGAACAGAUCUACGACAAAUAUUACCAGGGACCCUCACCACCAAAUCCUGAAGCUAACAAUUUAUCUGUAAGGCCUGAUGGAACAUCCGUCUUUUGUAUUUUAUUAGCUGUACAUUUCUUCUGCUUCCUAAGUCGGAUUGCUUGA